AUGAAUCUUUAAGGCAAGGAAGGGGAAGUUUGUUAAAUAUUUCUUUCGAAUUGAAAUUUAAAAAAAAAAAGAAAAAUGUUUAACUGAAUGAAAUUAAAACGUACAUUUUAAGUAGCGUGAGAAAAAAAAAUGUCACUUCAAAAGCGAACAAUAUAUUUUGCUUGCAGUCUUUUGAUAGUACUGUUUGUCGUCGUCGCCUACAUUCUUUACUUAAGACUUGUGCAUGAAGGUUACUACAGAAAUAGUGAUCAACAAAUAUUAAAUUACGAAGCUCUAAUUUCUCAAUGUCAUCCAGUAUGUGCAUCGAAACAAUGCACACUUGAUUCACACUUUAUACGAAGCAAUAUAAAUGAAAGUGCCAAUCCGUGCGAGGAUUUCUACUCAUUUUCUUGUGGUAAAUGGAUGGCAAGAUACGGAGAGGAGGACAACUACUCUCUUUUUGAAAGGGUAGACUCAUCCCUUAAAAGAAUAAUAAAAGGAAUUUUAGAGGAUACAAAAGGCGAGUUAAGUACAUCAUCCAUGAAAAUGAAAAUUAUGUACGAUUCCUGUAUAAGAGAAAGUUCAUCAGAAACUGAACCAGUUUCAUCUAUGUUGAAUUUUUUGAACAAGACAGGAAUAUACAACUGGCCGCAUUUACUCCCUUACUUUGAAUUUGAGCAGGGAUUAGAAAAAACCCUUAGCUUGAUGGCAAAAAUCCUAAUGGAACAAGACGUCAUCAUCUUAACGUUGUUGUAA